GUAAUGUUGGAAAAUACAAUUGCUGCAGGCUGCCUCUAGGUUCCAGGUUUCUCCCUUCACUACCUGCCCCCCCCGCCGCUAGGUACGGAAGCGCGAGGGCUGCGGGUGUGACUGUAAAAAGCACCGUCGGUUUCCACGCCGGAAGGGGCCACUCCGGCGGCGGAAGAGGGGCGUCCCCGACUCACUAUGUCCACGAACAACAUGUCGGACCCGCGGAGGCCGAACAAAGUGCUGAGGUACAAGCCUCCGCCGAGCGAGUGUAACCCGGCCUUGGACGACCCGACGCCGGACUACAUGAACCUGCUCGGCAUGAUCUUCAGCAUGUGCGGCCUCAUGCUGAAGCUGAAGUGGUGCGCUUGGGUUGCUGUCUACUGCUCCUUCAUCAGCUUCGCCAACUCCCGGAGCUCUGAAGACACUAAGCAGAUGAUGAGUAGCUUCAUGCUGUCCAUCUCUGCCGUGGUGAUGUCGUAUCUUCAGAACCCUCAGCCCAUGACACCCCCUUGGUGACUGAUGUCAGCCUAGAGGGGUCACAUCCUGGACCUCUCUAUACACCUCCCUCCAGGGCUGGUCCUUAGCCGCUCAGCCUCCUGCCCUGCCCGCAGCUGCUGGCUGCCCUGGGUGAGGUAGUCGCAGGGGCCCCCAGCUGGAUGGAAGGAACUUGGACCUUUCCCUGGGGUUCCACUUCUACUGGGGCAGGGAGGGGAAAACCCUAAAUAGACUCCUGCCCUCCUUCCCCACCCUGGGUGCUGCUGGGGGAGAGCUGUCCAUGUUUCUAGAUAUAAACACUCAUUUUCUUGUUGAAACCAGUUCGUAAUAAAGAUUUGCACUCUG